UCGAAUCUUGCCGGGGACAGAGUCGAUGUUUCUUUCUAAAAAGUGUGUGCUACCCCUGCCAUGUUCAAACAUCAUUUACCCUUCCACUUGCUUCCUCUUUUUACUCAGAAAUCUCCCGAAGUCCAUAUUCUUUUAACCCUUCUUUGAUUUCUGCUUCUGUACCAAUCCAUCUUAUCCUCUUCUUUGUCCAAUCUUUGCUUCUUUUCUGCCUUUUCUUGUCUUCUCUUGCACUUUAAGCGCGCCUUGAAGAUAUUCGGUGGGAUGAGGGAAUUGAGAUUGAUAUUCUUGCCAAUUCUAUUAAUUUUUGCAACACUUGAAGAGGCAGCUUCACACGGAGAUCAGCCUCUUUCGAAGAUUGCUGUUCAAAAGGCAACUUUUUCUCUCAAUCAUCAAGCUUACAUAAAAGUCUCUCCUACAGUUCUUGGGUUGAAGGGGCAAAAUGCAGAUUGGGUGACAGUGGAGUUUAGUUCUCCUAAUCCAUCUGUUGAUGAUUGGAUUGGGGUGUUUUCUCCUUCCAAUUUCAGCGCUUCUUCCUGCCCUGCUCCUGCAGAUAAUCCGUGGGUAUCUCCUCCACUGUUGUGUUCAGCACCUAUUAAGUAUCAGUAUGCAAACUACAGUACUCCCAAGUACAAAGAUACCGGAAAAGGAUCAUUGAAGCUUCAGUUGAUUAACCAGAGAUCUGACUUCUCUUUGGUGCUAUUUUCAGGGGGUUUGUUAAAUCCAAAGGUCGUGGCAGUGUCAGCUAAAGUUGCUUUCUCAAAUCCAAAUGCACCAGUUUACCCACGAUUAGCUCAAGGAAAAGUAUGGAAUGAAAUGACUGUUACCUGGACCAGUGGAUAUGGGAUCAGUGAAGCUGUACCUUUUGUUGAAUGGGGUAGGAAAGGAGGACUGCCAAUACAUUCACCAGCUGGAACACUUACUUUUGAUAGUAACAGCAUGUGUGGAGAGCCAGCAAGGACAGUAGGAUGGCGAGAUCCUGGGUUUAUACACACCAGUUUUCUGAAGGAGUUGUGGCCCAACACACUGUACACCUACAGGCUUGGACAUGUUCUGUCCAAUGGUACUUAUGUUUGGAGUCAACAAUACAGCUUUAGAGCACCUCCUUAUCCUGGUCAAAAUUCUUUGCAACGUGUCAUCAUUUUUGGAGACAUGGGAAAGGAUGAAGCUGAUGGUUCCAAUGAGUACAAUGAUUUCCAGCAUGGUGCUCUUAACACAACAAAGCAGCUUAUUAGAGACUUAAAUAACAUUGAUAUAGUCUUCCACAUUGGAGACAUAUGUUAUGCAAAUGGAUACCUUUCACAGUGGGACCAGUUUACUGCACAGGUUGAGCCGAUUGCAUCAACUGUUCCUUACAUGAUUGCAAGUGGUAACCAUGAGCGUGACUGGCCGGGAUCAGGAUCCUUCUAUGGGAACAAGGAUUCUGGGGGAGAAUGUGGCGUUUUGGCAGAGACAAUGUUUUACGUCCCUGCUGAGAACAGGGCAAAGUUCUGGUAUUCCACUGAUUAUGGCAUGUUCCGGUUCUGUGUAGCUGACACAGAGCAUGAUUGGAGGGAGGGGACAGAGCAAUACCAAUUCAUCGAGCACUGCCUUGCAUCUGUUGAUAGACAGAAGCAACCGUGGCUGAUCUUCCUUGCACACAGGGUAUUGGGUUACUCUUCUGCUACCUUUUAUGCUGAUACGGGAUCUUUUGGGGAACCCAUGGGAAGGGAGAGUCUUCAAAAACUUUGGCAGAAGUACAAAGUUGACAUUGCCUUCUACGGCCAUGCACACCACUAUGAAAGGACAUGUCCAAUUUACCAGAAUAUAUGCACCGACAAGGAGAAAAACAAUUACAGAGGCACCUUGAACGGGACAAUUCAUGUGGUUGCUGGUGGUGGAGGAGCAGGCCUUGCAGAAUUCACCACCCUAAACACCAAAUGGAGUUUCUUCAAAGACCUUGAUUAUGGAUUCGUAAAACUCACAGCAUUCGACCAUUCAAACCUGUUGUUCGAGUAUAAGAAGAGCAGUGAUGGAAAAGUUUAUGAUUCUUUCACAAUAUCCAGGAAUUACAGGGACAUCUUGGCAUGCACGGUAGAUAGCUGCCCAAGUAUGACCCUUGCCUCGUGAUUUUAAAUUAAAGAAAGAUUUAUGUUAUUAACAAUUUCUGUAAUGGAAGUCUUUCAUGCUGUAGCCUGUACAUUUCCAAUCUAGUAAAUCAAGCUCGAAAUAGAUAAGGAGAUGAAACAUUCUGUUC